UUCAAAUAAAUUCUUUAGCACCUAAUAGAGCUUAUUGUUCUUUUAAAGAUAUUCUAAAUGUUUUAAUUCCUAUGUUAGCAUAUGAAAAUUUAUCAGUAUUAAAAAUAGGGGAUGUUGUUUAUAUUAAAUUAAGUGGGGAUAGAUGGCUGGUGGGUAAACAUCAUAAUCAUGUAAUGUUUACUGCCUGCAUAUUAAAUCAACAUGAAGCAGUUUUGAGUCCAUCAAGCCAACAUUGUAUUUUUCUUUACAUGAGUAUAGAACAGUAUGAAUCUCUUUAG